AUGCCCUGCGAGUACUGCUGCUGCUGGACGGAGGGCUACAACGCCUACGCGCCCUUCUUUGAGGACAAGUUCAACUUCGCGGUGGUAGCCAAGGCGCCGGCGGACCGCCUGAAGUUGGUGAUGGCGAUGAAGGGCUGGUCGCUGCCCAUGUACAGUUCCGCCGAGUGUGAUUUCAACGCGGACUUUGAGGUGGAGGACACGGUGAUGGAGUGCGACGGCAGGGAGGUACCGCUGUCGCAGGGCCCGGGCCUGAGCGUCUUCCGCAAGGAGGACGGGGUGGUCUACCACACGUACAGCACAUACGGCCGGGGGCUGGAGGUCUUCAACGCGAUCUGGGCGUUCUUGGACACGCUUCCAAAUGGCCGUGAGAGUUGGCACCCAAAACACAAGCAUCUGUACAGGAAGAGGCGAUCGCGCCUGGACGAUGAGGGCUCUAGGUCAUGCAAAAGGAGCAGAAGCGAGAGUGUGGAGUCUAGGUGCUGUGAACAACGCAAGCAGGGAACCUGA